CGCUGUGCUUAGUCACGCUGAGUUUCUGCUUUCUGAAACACACACACACACACACACAAACACACACUCACACACACCUACACACACACACUCACUGUGAGCUGCAGCGAUGAUCUGACUCUGAGUGAACGGAGGAAACAGAUCAACAUCAUUAAACUGAAGGAUGCGUGUGAUUCCUGCUGAAGUGUGAGAGUCUUCACGCUCCAGAGACGUCCAGCCGCUGGUUCCAGACAGACAGACCUGAUCUGAAAGACUCUAGAAGCUUGUCUCUUUGAGGAGAAGACUCAAAGAUGUGAGCGACACACCGGGUGGACUCUGAGCUGACGUGAGCGUUUGUGUCUGUGCUCUUCCUGGUUCAUGAGUGAUCUGUCUUAACAGAUUCACACGAGGGAGGAUCUUUACAGAGCUGUGACCGCGGCCGGGUGAGAAUGAGCAGGAGCUCUGUGAGCGUGGCUUUAUAACUGUGUGUCUGAUCUGAAGAGCGUCCCGUAAGACUCUGCGCUGGCGAGCGAGGAUGUGCGGGCCGAGCCGCGGCCGGUGAGCAUGUACGCGGCGUCCGGGAUGACGGAGUGUAAGGCGGAGGUGACUCCGUCGGAGAGGAACGGUCACCGUGUGUUCAGCUACACGCUGGAGAGCCACACGGCCGCCGCCUUCUCCAUCAUGAACGAGCUGCGUCUGGAGCGCCAGCUGUGUGACGUCACGCUGAGGGUCAAAUACAACCAGCUGGAGGCCGUGGACUUCGUGGCUCAUAAAGUGGUGCUGGCCUCGUCCUCGCCGGUGUUUCGUGCCAUGUUCACCAACGGCCUGAAGGAGUGUGGGAUGGAGGUGGUGCCCAUCGAGGGGAUCCACCCGAAGGUCAUGGGGCGGCUCAUCGAGUUCGCGUACACGGCGAGCAUCUCUGUGGGAGAGAAGUGUGUGAUUCACGUGAUGAACGGGGCGGUCAUGUACCAGAUCGACAGCGUGGUCAAGGCUUGCUGUGAUUUUCUGGUGCAGCAGCUCGACCCGAGCAACGCCAUCGGCAUCGCCAGCUUCGCCGAGCAGAUCAGCUGCACUGAGCUUCACCAGAAGGCCAGAGAAUACAUCUACAUGAACUUCAGUCAGGUGGCCACGCAGGAGGAGUUCUUCAACCUGUCUCACUGUCAGCUGGUGACUCUGAUCAGCCGUGACGAGCUGAACGUGCGCUGUGAGUCCGAGGUGUUUCACGCGUGUGUGGAGUGGGUCCAGUACGACCGGGAGAACCGUCGGCCGUAUGUGCAGGCUCUGCUUCAGGCCGUCCGCUGUCACUCGCUCACACCGCUCUUCCUGCAGCGUCAGCUGGAGCGCUUCGACUGGGACGCCCAGAGCAAAGACUACCUGUCCCAGAUCUUCCAGGACCUCACGCUGCACAAGCCCACCAAACUCCUGCCGCUCCGGACGCCCAAGGUGCCGCAGCUCAUCUACACGGCGGGCGGAUACUUCCGGCAGUCUCUGAGCUACCUGGAGGCGUUCGAGCCCUGCUCCGGAGCCUGGCUGCGUCUGGCCGAUCUCCAGGUGCCCCGCAGCGGUUUAGCAGCCUGUGUCAUCAGCGGCCUGCUGUACGCCGUGGGCGGCAGGAACAACGCUCCGGACGGAAACAUGGACUCCAACAUGCUGGACUGUUACAACCCCAUGAACAACUGCUGGCUGCCCUGCGCUCCCAUGAGUGUCCCGCGCAACCGCAUCGGUGUGGGCGUCAUCGACGGCUUGAUCUACGCCGUGGGCGGCUCACACGGCUGCGUCCAUCACAACAGCGUGGAGAGGUAUGAUCCGGAGAGGGACUGCUGGCAGCUGGUGGCUCCGAUGCUGACGCGGCGGAUCGGUGUCGGUGUGGCCGUGAUCAACCGGCUGCUGUACGCUGUGGGGGGGUUCGACGGCACGCACCGGCUGAGCUCCGCUGAAUGCUACAACCCCGAGAGAGACGAGUGGAGGAGCAUCGCGUCCAUGAACACGGUCCGCAGCGGCGCAGGCGUGUGCGCUCUGGGGAACUGCAUCUAUGUGAUGGGUGGAUACGACGGCACCCAUCAGCUGAACACUGUGGAGCGGUACGAUGUGGAGACGGACGUCUGGAGCUUCAUCUCUUCCAUGAGACACAGACGCAGUGCUCUGGGAGUAACGGCGCACCACGCACGCAUUUAUGUGCUCGGUGGGUAUGAUGGGAACACGUUUCUGGACAGUGUGGAGUGUUAUGACCCGGAAACAGACACGUGGAGCGAGGUCACCAACAUGACGUCCGGCCGCAGCGGUGUGGGAGUGGCAGUGACCAUGGAGCCGUGCCAGAAGGGCCUGAGCCCCUGUCAGAAGAGCUAGAAACACCUCUGUCUGUGUGUGUGUGUGUGUGCUCAUUAAUGCUCUCCCUCUCGCUCUCUCUCUCGCCCCCCCCCUCUCUCUCUCUCGCCCCCCCCCUUUCUCUCUCUCUCUCCCCCCCCCCUCUCUCUCUCCCCCCCCCCCCCCCCCCCUCUCUCUCUCAGCCGGUGUCAUUAGCACACAAUGCAUCUGUUGUUCUGAUGAAGCUCAGUGCACGUGAGAGUCUUGUGUCUGUUUCAUGUGUGUUUCUCUUGUGGAGUCGAGGGAAGGUUAGCCAGCGAGCAGCAGAACUAAACAGGAUGUUGUGAAAACACUGUCGGCGUCUGAGCCGAAUAAAGUGCCACGAGCGCCGCAUCAGUAUGUCUGCUGGACUUCACACCAGUUAAUCAGUGCAGUUUGGAUCAGAUUAAGCUGUUCGGAUGAUUUUUGUAUUUGUCUUUUUCAUGUCAGACGUCGAUCCCUCUUGAAACUGAUGGUGUGAUUUUGUGUGAAACAAACUAAAGAUCUGCCUCAGAGCUUCUGGAGAUGUACAAACAUACAUACACGAUCAUUUUUACUAACAGAAUGAGCUGUGAAGCGUUUCCAGAUUUAUCUAACUGAAUUCCAGCCUACAAAGGUGUUUGAUGCCAACAUUGUUUUUUCUCCCAAAUGAAAGAUGAUUUUCACAGGCUGAUGAAAUGAUGUAUUUGUAAAACCAAUUUAAGCUGCUUAUCCAGGGAUUUUGUACGUUGGUAUUGCAUGAAGUCUGUUUUUUCUUUUAUUUAUUUGAAAUAUUGUCCCUUUGCUAUUAAUGAUUGACUCCUGUUUGUUCUCAAUGGACUGAACUCGGGCUCUUUUUUUUAUUUCUUUUUUUUUUUUUUACAAAUUAAGCUUUUUGUUUCAAAAGGGAUGCGUUUUUCCUUUUCAUCAUUCAAAAUUAAGUAUACAGGUUUAUUUAAAGUCUGCCUUGUAAAUUUUACAGCAACGAAUACAUUGUACAAACAUUGUAUAUUAAAAGCGUACGUUUCUUGCA